UCUAAACAAAACCAGCACACGCCCUCUGAAGAAGAAGAAGAAGAAGAAGAAGAAGAUGGGGAAGAAAGCGAAGACGUCAAGGAAGGGGAAGAAGGCGUGGAGGGCCAACAUAAGCACGGAGGACAUCCACGACCACUUUGAGAAGUCCACCAAAGACGCUCUCUCCGGCGGCAAUCUCUCCCAGGCUCCCGAUGAAGCUCUCUUCUUCGUCGACAGCUCCAAAGAUCUUUCGGUGAAGAGGAAGAUUGAGAAGCAUAGAGAGAAAGUACUUCACAUGGACAGCAUGCUACAGAAAAACCCAUUUGUAAAAGCAGUGCCUUCUUCGACGCUAAAGAAGUCCAAGAAAAAACGCAAACAGAUUGCAAAUGCUGCAGAUGCUACUGAAUGCGGUCCUGAGGGUUCUGUCUCAACUUCUGGCAUGUCUGACCUAUGGGGUGAGAAGGGUGGUGACAACCGUGUGGUCAAGAAGAAGAUGAAGCCUACACCUAUUCCUGCUGUAGAAGUUGAGCCUCCAGGUUGCUCAUAUAAUCCAACAGAUGAAAGUCAUCAGGAAGCAUUGGCUCAUGCUGUUGCAGAUGAAAUGCAGAAGGUCUAUAGAAAUGAGUUGGGGCCUGAACCAGUGCCACUAACUGUUCCAGGGGAGACUAUUGAUGAAGAAGAAAUGUACUUCAUUGAAGCAGAUGAAGGCAGUGAGGAUGACAUGAAUCCAGAAAAUUUGGAUGAGAAUGAGGAUGGUACAUCUGAGAGAAGGCUCCUUAAAAAAGAGAGGGUGACCACAGUCGUAUUAAACAAGAGAGCUAGGCGUAAGGAACAACUGAAAAGGGAAGCAGAAGCUAAAAAGUUGCAGAAACUUUCCAAAGAAAUUGAUAGCUUACCCGAUAUCAUUCAGGAAAUAGCCAAAGAGGAUGAGGAGAAGCAAAAAAGACAUCUUCGACAUGUUGUUGCCAAAAAGGAAAAGUCUAAGUCAUGUCCCCCACGCUUGGGGAAGCACAAAUUUGAACCUGCCCCUGUACAAGUACUUUUGACUGAAGAAAGAACUGGAUCCAUCCGCAAACUGAAGGGUUGUUGCACUCUUGUCAAGGAUCGUUACAAGAGUCUUGAAAAAAGAGGAUUAAUCCCAGUAAAGGCCAACAAAAGGAGACAAUUUCUUAACUAGAUUUCAUUACGGGAAUAGAAGAUGAAGAUGUUCAUCACAGUCAAUGGAAGAUCACCCUUCUGAAGUCAAAUAUACCCAAGAUUUGUCACAAUUUUCAUAGCUUAUAGCUCAUUUCAAUUCACUUAUUUUUUCUCUCUGGUGCCCUUCUCCUGCCAGUAUACUUGUUUCAUCUCUAUUUGGAUCAAAACUUGAAAGCUCCCAGUUCAAACAUCACUCAGUUGUACUCAACUCGACUAUUAAUUCUUACUCAAUUGCCGUCUACCGUGGAUGAA